AUGCAGGCUUCGAUACAGUCACAACCGCAACCACAAGUGCAGAUGCAAGGCAUGGGUCAGUAUCAGCAGCAGCAGCAACCAACCGUUGGUGGACAGGUGGCGGGACAGCAGCAGCAGUACAGUGUGCAACCUGGUGUGAAGCACUACCAGCCGAAUCCACAGAUGCUUCAGCAGCUCACAGCAGCACAGCAGGCAUUGCCAACACAGAAUACAAUGGUGCAGCACGUGCAUCCCGAUUGCAUAAACGCGAGCAACCCCUACCACGAGUGCACGGACUACUGCUUUCGAAAAAUCGCCGAGCGGAAAGGCAGGCCUGUAGCGACAGCACCUGCGAAAGGCGAGGCACCGUCGCAGCUCCCUACCUCCUUCGGCAGACAAGAGAAAGUCAAACGGAAGUACGACGAGGUUGUCAUUGACGCACGGAAAGCGGCAGUCGGGCCGGGAGAGGAGGACCUAUCCGUGGUCGCAGCGCAGAGCACUCGGCAAUCCCGAGGCCGACAAGCUCAGCGUCGAGAUUCGCCAGAUCGGACGGCUGAGAAUGACGGACAGGCGGACGUGGUGGAUGUGCCGAGCUAUGAAGGGAUGGACGCCCGGCAAAAGAAGCUCUUCGAAAUUCGCCUCAAGCUGAACCAGGCGCGGAAGGCGAAUCAGACGGCGGUGGUGGCGGAGAAGCGGCGAGAAGAGAAGCCGGAGGAGGAGGAGUCGCGCGGAGUGAGCAAGGCGGCGUGGUUCGAGGAGAAGAAGCGCAAGAUGAGCAAACAGCUGGACGCGGCCGGGCUGGAUAUCACCAAGGCGUACAUGCUGGAGACGCAGGAGGCCGCGGAGAGCAAAUACAAGAAGUGGGAGAAGAAAGAAGCGCCGUUUGGCUGGGAUGCGUUCAACCAGCAGGCAUUGUACAACGCAUACAAGAAGCGCACGGGCAACAUCCCCUACACAGAGGAAGACUACCUUAAGGCCAAGGAGAAAGACCCUGACUUUUACCGCGACGAUGCGAGCCUGCAGUACGGGCAAGCUCCGGAGAUUCCCGAGGAGAACGUUGACAGAAUGGUGGCGGAGCUGACAGACAGAGCCAAGAGCCGCAAGGAGUUCAGCCGAAGAAGACGGCACCAUGAUGAGAAGGACAUUGAUACGGGGUACUGCGCUGCCCGAUUAACCUGGUUGAGUUCUUGA